UAAUCAGAAUCAUGGAUAGCUACACACAGUUCCUUGGGUUUGUUCUUGUAGCUCUUGCCCUCGAAGUGGGCUUGGCGCAGGACACUCCAAGGACGAUUAUCACUUCUGAUUUCUUCAAUAGCCUCCUUCCUCCAGAUGGUUGUGAGGGAAAAGGCUUCUACAACUAUGAUUCAUUCAUAUCGGCCGCGGAAAGUUACGACGGCUUCGGCACCACCGGUGGCACCGACGUUCAAAAGAGGGAGAUGGCUGCUUUCCUUGCUAAUGCCAUGCAUGAAACAGGAAGCUUCUGCAAGAUAAGCGAAACAUUAGAUCCUUCCGUCCACUGCAAUCAAGGGUACCCGCAAUAUCCUUGUGCUCCAGGCAAAAGUUACUAUGGCAGAGGACCGUUACAGCUAUCAUGGAACUUCAACUAUGGUGCAGCAGGGCAGGCCAUUGGCUUCGACGGCUUGAACAACCCGGAGAUCGUGGCUCAGGAUAAAGACAUAUCUUUCAAGACAGCAGUGUGGUUCUGGAUGUUAAACAGCAACUGCCACCGAGGGAUCACCGCAGAUGGUGGCUUUGGCUCCACCAUCAGAGCCAUUAACAGUAUUGAGUGCAACGGAGGGAAUCCAGGAGCAGUACAGUCGAGGGUCAGCUUCUACCAGCGGUUCUGCCAGCAGUUCGGCGUAGACCCAGGGCAGUACAUCGACUGCUAGAACUUGCCACCGCCCUGCCCUGCCCUGCAUGUAGGCCUUGCCCCUGAUCCACCGUACUAUUGGAUAUAUACCUCUACUGCAUCUAUGCAUGUACCCAGAUAAGAUAAAUAAAAUGUUGUCAUUGAGAUCAAUAAAGGGAA